UCCUUUUGUACGUUUGAUUUGUCAACAUAUUAUAAUGUAUAGAACACCUUCAACUGAAAUCAAAAGUUCUGGUGUCUUGUCUGAGUUUAGGGCAUUCAAGCUGUGUGCAGUGUGAACUUGGCACAAGUUAAAAAUCUGGCUUUCCUUUUUUUUUCCUUACUGAGGAUAAUGGUACUUUCUCUGGUAUAAGUUAAGUUCAUGUAUGUGAGAAUACUUUUUAAAAGUACUAUUCCAUAAGGAGUAUUAUAUUGGGCAUCUCUGAUUACAGGUUUUUUUUUGAAGUCCAGUUUAGAAAAACAAUGAAAAUCUUAGCUCUUAGGAGUAAAUUCACAUCAGUAUUUAAUAUUCUUCAUACUCUCAUGUCACCUACCGUCCUCAUUUCAUUGAAAAACUGUUCUGUGCAGUGUGUGCUUAACAAUAAGGAAUUUUAUAGGUAUGAUGUCUAUGUACAUCUUCCUGCCCUUAAAAGAAAAGGAAUCAUAACCAGUAGGGACCUGGUGUAUUUAGUUAGUGUUUUUUCACCCAGGUGUUACUGAGUUUUAAAAGUAAAUAAUCAAACUUUAUGAGAACAUGUUGAAGCAUCUCCUCAUGUUGAGGAUUUAUUUAAUAUUUUCUGAAUUUUCAAAAGUAAGCUAUUUCCUCAGUAUAUUUUAUGGUGAUAGCUGUUAUUAAAAACAUUUGUAAGUAUAUUAUAGAUUAACUUGUCUCAUAGUAAGCUGGGCGCUCUAUACUAAAUUAUGUUCUGGUACGCUAUGAAAGUGUUACUCCAAGAAUAAUUUUUUUGUAUAUGUAAAGAGUGUCUUCUUUUGGAAAAUGCUGUUUUGAUUAUAAACUUUGCAUGGUACCUGUUCCUUAUCUUAUUGGAAAUGUACCGUAAUUUCUUCCUUGAUGACUUGAGGGAGUUCAGGGACAUUUUUUAAAAUGAGUAAUGGCAAAGAAGCUGAGCUUUGUAUCCAGCACUUUGGUGUUUACAGCCAUCAUUUCAGGAGAGACCAGAGGAGUCCACAUAUGUUAGGAGUACAUAUCUUUCGUUCUUCAUUCUGUAGAGCUGUUGUAGCCAGGAGCAAGCAAAGAUGUGUGCCUCACACAUAAACCUAGAAUAUUUACAGUUUUUCUUUCUUGUCCGUUAGGGAGUUAACUGGCUUCUCAGUCUGUGUAAAGAACAAGGAAGUGAGUCAAAAUAAAUGUUUGUUAAUGUAUGGUAAACACCACCACACAUUCUUUCACAAUUUUAAAGGAAAAUUCCAGUGUGAAAUUAUUAUAUCUUGGAAAAUCUUCAACUUUUAAGAGAAACAUACCAACAAACAGUUUCUCACUCAGUUUUUAGAACACGAUGACUGCUUGUGUGUAUUACUGGUAGAAUGUGGCUUUAAUGAUGCCCACAAGUAAGGAUCUGUUUUAAAAAGAAUUGACUUUCCUACUAGGUAGUACUCAAAACUCACUCUUUCAAAGUGUCAGGUAGUUUAAAGGGAAUUUUAAUAUUUGUUGAGACAGAUGGUCCGUCCGUCGUAGUUUGCUAAUAAUAAGCAGUCAAGAAAGGAUAUUAAAUUUAAUUCUUUUAUUUUUUUCAAGUAUUGACACCAGUACUGGAGUUUUCCUUUAAGUACCUUUUUUUGCAUUUCAACAUAGCCUAAAAUGGAAAAUCUGAGGCCAAAUAAAAAAUAGUUUUGAGUCACUUUGCACGUUAGUAGCUCGGGCCGUUGUGCCGUGCCAUCUUCCCGCCUGUGCCAGGGACCUGCCCGACUCAUUGGCCGCCAUGGCAUCACAUGAAGGCAAGCUUUUCGUCGGAGGGCUGAGUUUUGACACCAACGAGCAGUCACUGGAGCAGGUCUUCUCAAAAUAUGGACAGAUCUCAGAAGUGGUGGUCGUGAAAGACAGGGAGACCCAGCGAUUGAGGGGCUUUGGGUUUGUCACCUUUGAGAACAUCAACGAUGCCAAGGACGCCAUGAUGGCCAUGAACGGGAAGUCUGUGGAUGGGGGGCAGAUCUGGGUCGACCAGGCUGGCAAGUCGUCUGGUAACCAAUCCCGCGGGUACCGAGUUGGCUCUGCUGGGGGCCAGGGCUUUUUCCGCGGGGGCCGAGGCCGGGGCCGUGGGUUCUCCAGAGGAGGAGGGGACCGCGGCUACAGGGGGAGCUGGUUCGAGUCCAGGAGUGGGGGCUAUGGAGGCUCCAGAGACUACUACAGCAGCUGGAGUCAGGGUGGCAGCUGCGGUGACCGGAGCUCGGGCGGGUCCUACAGAGACAGCUGCAACAGUUAUGCUACACACAACGAGUAAAAAUCCUUCCUGCUCGAGAUCGUCCUUCCAGUGGCCGUAUAUUUAAAGAUUUUGGGAGCUCCGCUGAAUCGUUAAUGUGUAGUGAUCACACGUCCUUGUACCCACUUUCGUAGUCUUACUGGUUCUGAUCUUGUCAAACACAGCCUGACUGCUUCUGGCCCCCAGAUGGCCUUGUUACUACACUUUGCUUUUUAAGGAAGCGCUUUCCAUUUUUAAGAGUCUUAAAAACGUUUUGAAGAGCACUUCCAGUUUUACUUUUACCAUUUUACUGUGAGCCAAGAGGUUUUUUUCAGAAAAUCACCAGGGGUUGUGAGAGUUUUGUUUUUUGUUUUCGGUUGUGUUGCUUUUUUUCUUUUUCUUUUCAUUGGGGUCGGCCCCGUAAAGUUGGGUGCCCCGAGUCACUUCUCUUUGAGAUUGAACAGACUCUGAAUCUGCUCUUUGUCCGAAGCUGAGCAAGUUGUAGCUUUUUUCCAACUCGGUGUCAUGUUUCUGAGUGUAGCGUGGUAGAACCGUGCAGGUGGCAGCAGAGCACCCGGGCUGCCCUGGCCUGGGCGUCCACCUGUCCUGUGGGACCCACAGUAGAUUUGCAGACAUCCCCGAGAGGUUCUUGAAAAUGUGUAUUUAUAUUGUCCUUUUUUGCCGGAAGACGUACACAUGUCCCGUCAAUGUUGUGUCUGAAGGGGUGAAGGAAUUCUUACAAGCAGUUUUCUUUGGCUUCAUGAAGCCGAUUAAAAGACCAUCUGAAUGAAAAAAAAAAGUUUUAUUUCCAGUAUCCAUUAUUGCAUUGUUUGAUUCAGUAUGGAUUAAUGGCGUACUAGAUUUUUAUAUACUAUGAGUUCAUAAUUGGAACAGAUGUUGAUGUUCUUUAUCUUCAUAGUAAUUUUUAGUAAGUGUCUGGCAUACCAAGCUACAGAUAAUUGAGGAGAUUGGGGAUUGGCUUUUUUUUUCUUUUGUGCCCUCAUGUUGACUGCUUCCUUAGGGUAAUGAUCUGGCAAACAAUGUGUUGUAUUUAAUACCUAUUAAUUUUAAAUUGGAAAAUUGUGUUUUUGUCUUUCUACUAUUAAGAAUAUUUAUCCCUUCCCUGUAACUUCUAUAUUCUUUGGAACUUUUAGGUAUUCUCAAAUUUUCCCUGUUGCAUUUUUAGGAAGGGUUUUUCUUUUUCUUUUUCUUUUUUUUUUCCUUAACUAGAGCUUUUCUGAGUUACAUAUUUGAAUUGUGCUAAAAAUGCAUUCACUAGAUUUAAAUAGUGUAGCUGAUCUCAGGAUCAUCAUCACCUCUAGAGGUCAGUUAGAGUUUGAUUUUUGUAGCAUUACUUUGAUCAAUCAGACAGUACCUGUGGGUCAAAGCUUUAAGCAUUAGAAAGGCUAGAGUCUAGCUGCUAGACCAAUUGUCAGAGAGAAGCGAAGUGUUUUAUUCUGUAUAUGUCAUUUCCUUUUUGGGGAAAAUUCAUCUGAUCUUUUUUAAUUAGCUGUGUUAAGAAUUCCUCACUUUCUCAUGCUGUGAUAUUAAUUGCAUUUAGAAUAUAUAAACUUAAAAAAUAAAAUACGUAAACAAGCAUUUUUAGGGUAGUUCAUCUUCUGUCUUAAAAAUCAAGGUAAUUAGAAUUCUGUAACAUUUCUCAAAUGAAGGUUACUUCCAUUUCCAGAGGCAGCAUCUUUGGUCCAGUAUUUUUGGACCUUUUGGCUGGGUAAGUGAGAAGAAUUUGGGGGGAAAUGGGAGGACAUAGAAAAAACAAAGUAGUAAUUUCCUCUUUGGUUUGAAGAAUGGGGUUGGGCUUUAUUUCCACACAGCUUUGGGUAGAUUUUCCAGUAAAAAGUAGAAUAGCUGAUAAUAAAAAUCAGGACUUAUUGAUGGUGAGAUUUUGUUUUUAAAUAUA